AUGCCACCCUUCACCAGCCUUGCCGCCGCGGCCACCACGGCUUCCGUGGUUGGAGUGCAAAAUCUCCCGCAGCUUGUGGCUCGCCAGAUGGAUCAAUUGCCUCCACCAGACCCUUUGCCACCUUUGAUCGAUAUGUGCAAUAGCCAGUCCGGUAUCACGGUGUGGACCAGAGGCAUGUGCGUCCUGGGCUGGGCGAUCGACAGCGAAGCAGACAUGGCCGGAAUCUGCGCCAUCAUCGUCACGCUGUCGUUCCUCAUCGAGUUCAUCACGUUCUUGGCCGCGAAGUACGAGAGAGUCCUCAAGAGGAGGCGGCAGGGCCUUUCUAGUCGUGGGAGCAGGCCCACGCUUGGCGAGGCGUCCUUGCGUACUCUGAUAGGCCUCGUCCGGUUCGGCGCGGUGGGCUUUACCAUCAUGUGCGGCCUCUGGUCUAAUGUCACGUGGAUCAUCUCCACGAUUAUUGGGUAUACUCUAGGAUCAUAUCUCACCAAUUACUUGACGCCAGUCGAAGGCGCGGCCGACGUGGGGAAGCUCGGCGAUAUACGGCCAGACAGGCCGUCGUCGUCGUCGUGGCGCCAGAGGAUACCGGCCCCGCCGCCGCAGCAGAUUCCCCAGUACAACCGCCGGGUGCGCUCGGAUCCGCCGCAGCAAAUGCCCGGCAGGCCACCCCGCGCGGCGCUCUUCCGGGGAUCCGACCCAGGUCCCCCGCGGAGGUCAGGUCGUCGCAGCGCGCCGGGAUCUUGGUUUUGA